CCGAAUUUAAUGUCUAAUAUUGUUUCAGUUUUGUCGCCAUCAAAAUGGAAAAAGUUAUUGUUAUUUUUUAACUUUAAUCCUAUUUUUGUCCAAUUUUAUUUUGUGAAAAAUACUACUAAUUUUAAUCGGCAGAGAUGCAUGACUGUUGCCAUCUUCAGCUUUUCCCGCCACAGCAUCUUUACUCAAUCCCUCAAUUUUCUCACCAACCAAACAACAGAAAACUGUUUUAGGGUUUUUUUCUCCAAACCCAACCGAGCAUUUCCUCUUUCUUUUCUUCGCAACCAAACAGAUCACCAUUACCCCUCUGUCGUUCUUGAUGGCAAAUCCCGGUGAAGACUUCUCUCAAUUCGAUAUAUCAAAAGAGGAAAAAGACAAGCUUGUUGCAGAAGUAAUUCGUUACAUACUGUUUAAAACACACCAGAAUUCAGGAUGUCCAAUUAAAAGGGAAGAGCUUUCUCAAUUAGUUACUAAAAACUAUCGUCACCGUUUACUUCCUGCUUACAUCAUUAACGAGGCUAAAGACAAACUCUCCGCCAUUUUUGGUUACGAGUUGAGGGAACUUCAAAGAUUACGUCCUUCUUCAACAAAUCAAGCCCGAUUAUCUCAGCAGAGUGGAGUUGAUGCUAAAUCCUAUGUUAUCGUCAGUCAGUUACCAGCUGAGGUGUAUAAGAAAUAUGUUGAGGAUGUGAAUACAUCUCAUCUGACUGGUUUUACUUUUGUUGUGAUUAGUAUUGUGCACCUUGCUGGAGGCAAAAUCGCAGAAGAAAAUCUUUGGCAUCAUUUGAAGAGAAUGGGAUUGCAUGAAGCUGAUGAAAACCAUCCAAUACUUGGGAAUGUGAAGCAGGUAGUGGAGACACUAGUCCAGCAAAGAUAUCUGCAGAAAGACAAGGUUAGUGGCCCUGAAGGUACUACCUUGUUUUAUGAGCUUGCUGAGAGAGCUCUAGAUGGACCAGUUAGUGAGAGAAUUAAGCAAUACAUAUCACAGAUUGUGAAGAAAGAAAGUGCCACCGUGGAUGUCUUAUAAUGGCUUGAUGCUAGCUAUUACUGAGUAACUGGGGUAGAUAUUCCGCCU